CCGGUGAAUAGGCAAGCCCACCGUUCACCUGCCUAGGUAAACAAUGGACGCAGCCAUGAAUGACUCACCUGAGUGAGCGUGGGUAGGCUUUGUGACGUCACCUCUCACCUGGCGUGACCAGUUUCAUACCGGCGGGGCGGCCAGCUAACACGGCAUGCUGGAACUAACCGGACGCGUUUGACAUGGAGGCCCAUAUUAGGCUGUUCGCGGCAGGACUGCUAGGCGGCGCUCUCGCACUGCUGCUUACCAGCUUUGUCCAGAUUCCGUUUGGAUUCCGUUACAGCAAAGAUCUGUCCUGUGUGGGCCUAUCCGGUCCGGUCCAGUGGUGGCUGGUGUACCCGGAUAUAAACCGGCAGGGAUGGAUGUAUGUGGAUAACACGAGCCCUGCGCCUCUCAGGAUGGACUCCAUCCCCCGUCAGUCCGAUCCCGUCAUCCGGACCCUCGACAGUGUCACGCGUGACGUCAGCAGGCUCCAGUACCCUAGCGACUCACGGAGGAACGACAACCUAAAGCCUCAGGGUUUUCUUGCCUACACGUCCUACAGCGGAGUCUGGGUCUCCUUCGUGGGGUCAACGACCGGACAAGAUAACAACAAGAUGAUGACGUGUGCAACUAUGAACGGUAUAUAUGUAACGUUGCAUACAAACAUUGACAAAGAGUACGAGUAUUACCGACUCGACUGA